ACGUCAUCCCGCACGUAGCAAUGAGUAACGCAUCGAUCACCACCACCCAUCGUCUUCCCCACCGUCGAGCUGCCCGAUGGACCGGCUCGGUUCGUACGUCACCGGUGGGUCAUCCUGCCCGUACAGCACCGAUACCAGCUCGUCCGCUCAAUCCUAUGUGCGUCCAUUCGACACAAUAAGAGCACUGCACGAAACGAUCGUAUCGCUGCGGACAGCACUCGAAGAAAGCCGACAGGAUAACGAUCGGCUGCGCAAACAAAUCAGCGUGAGGGACACCGUGGAAGAGGGGCGGAGUUUUCUGAGAAAUCAAACGCUUCAACCUGAGAGUAGUAUUCCCAGAAAUUUAAAAGGCACGGAAGAAAUAAAUUUGACAAACGUACCUGAGUCGAAGAAAUCGAAAAAACUGAAGAAGAAAAAGAGUAAAGUACCUGCGGACGAAACAGCGGAAGAUACAGGGUCAGCGCAGCACGAGCAAGACUCGUCUCCUGAGUUAGAAACCAAACAAGAAUCGCCUCGUAAGAAGCACUUCCUAAAAGAUGGCACCCACCAGAAGGUGUCUGUAGUGCCGGACAUUCAGAUCUUGUCACAUCCUGCCUCCGGUCACUCGACAAUGGCUUCCAGAAUAGAUGUUAAAAUUAAGGUUUCUUCGAACAUCAACGUUGAAGGUAGCAGCUCCGAAGCGGACUCUUCGGAAGCUACCAAAGAUGAAGCGGGAGUUGAACACGAAACGAAAACAUUCGAAACACCAGAGGAUGAGGAUAAAACCAUUGGCGAAGAGUCGGAGGACCCGGCGGAAAAUGUGACAGUUCGGGAGGAAUUUGUCAAAGGUGAUGCAUCCAAUCUGAAGAUAAACCUAACCAAUGAGGAAAAUCUAAGCGUUACAAGGUCUACUGAAGGAAUCAACAUUAAGCAGAGGUCAUCGGAAAAUCUGCACGUCGACGUGGAUCGGCAAAGUAACCCUUCGAUCUCCGAGGGAGACAAUUCAGUCUUUACAGAGGAUGUCACUACUCCAGUCGAGCUGGAUCCGGAGGGUGCCGUUGGCUACAUAAAAACGACUCGAACUUCGGUGAAGAAAAGUGACUCCGAGAAUCAAGAGGAAGUGGAUGACAUAGAAUUGAUCUUCUCGUCGGAUGAUAACAAGGAUAUCAUUCAGGAAGAUCUAGUUUCGAUUUCUGACUACGAGCCGUGGCAGGAAUCAGGACAAUCGGGAACACCCGUUUUGCUAAAGUUUAGGCAACUUUCUUCGGAUCAAGAAUCGAUCAAGAAAGACUCGAUCGAGCGUAGUGAUAGUGAUACUGUGGAAGGUGAAGGAUCAAAUGGGGAUCUACCGAAAGGAAAGAGCUUAGAAAGUCAAGAUUCGCUUGGCGCAGACAAUACGAAGAAAAGUUUAAAUAUCAGUACAAAGUCGUCUAGCUUGGAAAAGGACUCCAGUUUGGAUUACGGAACCGGGAAUGUAGGACGGGAGGAUAGUUUUGAAAUUGGUGCUGCAAGUGGGACGACAGCUUUGGGGAAACGAUGGACGAACUACAAUGUAUUGAUCGAGACAGACAUUUCCAAGUGUGGAAUCGCGGAGGAUCAGGCAUGGGAAAAUUCGUUCACUCGCGCGACUGUUGCUAACUGUGGAUCACAAAGUAGUCAAAAUUUUGUGCUCACUAAUUAACCAUAAUCAAUGCACGAAAGGAGAAGUCUAAUAACUUCAGAGCAGGUCACUAGAUGGGCAAACUGCGAAUCACAAGUGAAGCUUAAAAUAUUUAAAAGUAGCGUCAAUUCUUCGCUCGUGAAUGUUUGUCACGUAGCUUCGCGAAGCUCACAAAGGUUUCUUCAUGCAUGAUUAAAACAUAGUACCUAUUUUUGCACUGGAUUUUUUGCUGACAGAUCGCGUUAUGGGUAGUUUUGUGAUACACUACUAGCAAUUUGAUCUACUGAAGUUCCUUGCGGCCUAUUUGUUAGCAGUGCAUUGUUGCAAAUUUUUAAAACCAUUGAUUAUCAGCUAGUUUUAAAAUGGUAUAUGGUUUUCCAAGUAUUAAUUAUAUUGUGCGAAUAUGAAAAUGAAAUAAAACUGUAAAAUGAAAAUCCUAUGCAAACCGCGAACCGCUCGAGAAGAGCUUCGCGAACGAAGCCAUCCGCGUUGGGGAAGGAAAGAAUUAAAACACAACUGAUGUGCUUCUUCGUUGGUUGUUUUAGCUUUGAAUCGCAUGUGUCCGUAACGACAGGUUGCUAGGUAUCAUUUUCGAAGCUAACAGAAUGCAUCACAACUGAAGAAAGCUUGCUUGCGAAGCGCGAAUGAUCGGUUCACGAUGCGAUUUUUCCCAUGCUUGGUAAUCUAAUGAUG